GACGUUCAGGGUCUGAUCGGGUUCAUCAGCUGUGUCUGCAUGUCUCCACCGAUUCUCUCCAAAGAUCCUCUCUCACUGCCCCGAAUGAAGAUUGACAGUUAUGCCCAAAGAAAAAUAUGAUCCUCCUGAUCCUCGUCGAUGUUACACCAUCAUGUCAGCUGAGGAGGCGGCCAACGGGAAGAAGUCUUACUGGGCCGAACUCGAGAUCUCAGGUCGUGUUCGGAGUCUAAGCAACUCUUUAUGGACGCUCACUCACCUGACAGCACUUCACAUCAACGACAACAACCUGACCCGCCUACCCCCCGACAUUGCCAAACUGCCUCACCUGGUCUACCUAAACCUGUCAUCCAACAAGCUGCGAAGCCUGCCCGCCGAACUAGGCAACAUGGUCUCUCUCAGGGAAUUACUUUUAAACAACAAUCUUUUACGAGUCCUGCCUUAUGAACUGGGGAGACUUUUCCAGCUGCAAACCCUGGGACUUAAAGGAAACCCUCUGUCCCAGGACAUCCUGAACCUGUACCAGGAACCUGAUGGAACCCGGAAACUUCUGAACUACAUGCUGGAUAAUCUGGCAGUUCACCCUGAGCAGCUGCCCCAGAGACCGUGGAUCACUCUGAGGGAGAGAGACCAGACGAGUCCGACAGCCGUGUUCACCGUCAUGUGUUAUAACGUGUUGUGUGAUAAAUACGCCACGCGGCAGCUGUAUGGCUAUUGUCCGUCAUGGGCGCUGAGCUGGGAGUACAGGAAGAAAGGCAUCAUGGAGGAGAUCACGCACUGUGACGCCGACAUCAUCAGCCUGCAGGAGGUGGAGACGGAGCAGUACUACACUUUGUUUCUAGAAACCCUGAAGGAUCAUGGGUAUGACGGAUAUUUCUGUCCGAAGUCUCGAGCUAAACUUGUUUCUGAGCCGGAGAGGAAACAUGUGGACGGCUGCGCUGUUUUCUUCAAGACACAGAAGUUCACUUUGGUCCAGAAACACACCGUCGAGUUUAACCAGGUCGCCAUGGCGAACUCUGAGGGCUCCGAGGUGAUGCUGAACAGAGUGAUGACCAAAGACAACAUCGGCGUUGCCGUGCUGCUCGAAGUCAACAAGGACAUUUUCUCUGGAGGUGUGAAGCCUCCUCAGGACAGGCAGCUGAUCCUGGUAGCGAACGCCCACAUGCACUGGGACCCCGAGUUCUCGGACGUGAAGUUGAUCCAGACGAUGAUGUUUCUGUCGGAGUUAAAAAGCAUCGCUGAGCGGGCUGCAGGCUCCAUGGCAACCAGCUCGCAGUCCUCCGACCCGUCGUCCAUACCGAUUGUGCUCUGUGCCGACCUCAACUCACUGCCCGACUCCGGUGUGGUUGAAUACCUCAGCAACGGUGGUGUUGCCGAAAAUCACAAGGACUUCAAGGAGCUCCUUUACAGUGAAUGUUUGACCAACUUCAACUGCAACGGGAAGAACGGCAAUUCAGACGGCAGCAUCACCCACGGCUUCAAGUUGAAGAGCGCCUACGACAGCAACCUGAUGCCUUACACCAACUACACGUACGACUUUAAGGGAGUUAUCGACUACAUCUUCUUCUCUAAGACUCAUCUGAGCGCGCUCGGCUUGAUGGGACCGCUGGACAGCCAAUGGCUCGUCAAUAACAACAUCACCGGCUGCCCCCACCCCCACAUCCCCUCCGACCACUUCUCCCUUCUCGCCCAGCUAGAGCUGAAGCCCCCCCAUCCAUCCCCCUCCCUCAACGGGCUGCACCUUCCAGUCCACAGGUAGUGAAGCCUGGGAGCCCCGCCUCCUUCUUACCCCCCUUCAAACACAGCCCCCCUCCAGGUUUAUACAGGACCGCCCUCCCCCAGUUUCUACAGUCCCUGUACAGUUUUUUGAUCCUGUUUAAAAACCAUUGACACCAAAGUGGAGUGAAGUAUUCGCCUGCUUGUGUUUUCACACACGGAAAAUUAUUUUUGUUUUCUCUUUCAAAGUUGAUACCAAAUGUUGGGCUGGGGAGGAAGUUGCUAUGGUAACCCCUAAUGUCCAUUAUGCUUCUUCUUUUUGUUUAUAUAUUUUCAUGAUCGCUUGAAGACAAUCCACUUUUUUCUCUCCUCACUCAGAUGUCAGAAUAUAAAAAAGGAGAACAAUGUUCAUGUUCUGUUCAAGUCUCCGUUUGAAACUUUUCAUCUUUACAAAAUGAACUGACGGAUAAUCAAAUAAAAUCAGAGAAACUGCAAAGAGUUGUAGGUAGAACACAGAACCCUGAUACCAUAAAACAGGAGAACACAGAACCCUGAUACCAUAAAACAGGAGAACACAGAACCCUGAUACCAUCAAACAGAAGAACACAGAACCCUGAUACCAUAGAACAGAAGAACACAGAACCCUGAUACCAUCAAACAGGAGAACACAGAACCCUGAUACCAUAAAACAGAAGAACACAGAACCCUGAUACCAUCAAACAGGAGAACACAGAACCCUGAUACCAUAGAACAGGGGAACACAGAACCCUGAUACCAUAGAACAGAAGAACACAGAACCCUGAUACCAUCAAACAGGGGAACACAGAACCCUGAUACCAUCAAACAGGGGAACACAGAACCCUGAUACCAUAGAACAGGAGAACACAGAACCCUGAUACCAUAGAACAGAAGAACACAGAACCCUGAUACCAUAGAACAGGAGAACACAGAACCCUGAUACCAUCAAACAGGGGAACACAGAACCCUGAUACCAUAGAACAGAAAAACACAGAACCCUGAUACCAUAGAACAGGAGAACACAGAACCCUGAUACCAUCAAACAGGGGAACACAGAACCCUGAUACCAUAGAACAG